GGAAGACACUCACACCUGAGAACACUCAACUCCUCUCACCACCUCAACCCCACUCAGCCCCACACACCACCAUGACCGGCUCCUGCUGCGGCCCCACCUUCUCCUCCCUCAGCUGUGGCGGAGGCUGCCUCCAGCCCUGCUGCUACCGCGACCCCUGCUGCUGCCGUCCAGUGUCCUGCCAGACCACCGUGAGCCGCCCCGUGACCUGCGUGCCCCGCUGCACGCGCCCCAUCUGCGAGCCCUGCCGCCGCCCAGUCUGCUGCGACCCCUGCAGCCUGCAGGAGGGCUGCUGCCGCCCCAUCACCUGCUGCCCCACGUCCUGCCAGGCCGUGGUCUGCCGCCCCUGCUGCUGGGCCACCACGUGCUGCCAGCCCAUCUCUGUGCAGUCCCCCUGCUGCCGCCCCACCUGCUGCCGGCCCGCCCCCUGCCGCACCACCUGCCGCACCUGCAGGACCUCCCCGUGCUGCUGAGUAGCGCUGCAGGAAAUCACCCCAGGUAUUCAGAAACUUGUGCCAGCCCUUCCCAGCCCUGAUGGAUCAGAUGAGAGAUACUACUUUUGAAACCUACCUGCCUGCAACAAUUAAUUGAGCAGUAACUCUUGAUGCCUUUUCCCGCAUAAAUAUGUACCUAAAUCUUGCCUUCUUUGAUGGUCUUUAGAAAAAUUCCAGCUUUCAGGAUUUGAAUUCUUGGCUUUAAAAAAUGAAUAAACAAAGAUUAAAAUUGCUCUUGAAUAGAGCCCUAGUCCACUGAUUCAUCAUCACUUCUCUACUGUUUCAAGAUGAGAUAUUUUUCUAGGAUAAUAUUACAUUUAUCCUGGGGCUCUGCAUGGUAAAAUAAUAAAUUUUUGUUUCUCAGA